GAGGCAGCCAUGUUCUCAGACCCUACUUCCGCCGCCGGGCUCUCGCGACAACUGGUUGAACCGGGCCGCGGGAGAGGGAAGAAGGAGCCGCUCGGCAUCGGGGCGGUCUGGUCUGGUCUGGCCUGAAAUGGAGGCGGGGAUCGGGCGGGCUGUUUUGGUCUAGUCCGUGACUGGGUUCGGGCGCGGAAUCGGUGCCGCCAGGAACUUUUGAACGGUCGUUGCCGCCACUUCAUCAACCGUCGUUUCCCAAGAUUUUGUAACCCGUCACGAUGGAUUCUUUACAUGAAGAUGUUACGAUGCGCACUCUCUUUAAGGGUAUGAUUGCUGAAGAUGUUCCACAGAGUGCAGUACGGCCAGGGAAAUGGAGGCUACAAACAACUAAAGGUACUCCAAAGAAGUCCACCGAUGUUCAAACGCAGGAGUCUCCACGCAUGCUUCUCCGUAGCCAAAUGAAAGCAAAAAUCAGACGAACUCGGAAUCAAAUUACAGCAACAGCUGGAUCAUCUGCAAAGUACUCAACCAGAAACAAAUCUUCAGCAUUGACAAAAUCUAAACGUUUUGAAGCAAUGCAUCAAGAGAAUGUAGAUAAUGACACACCAAGACAACUGUUGAAGAAAUUCAUGCAGACAGAACUGGAAUCCUCUUUGGUUAAAGUUCCGACUCCUAAAACGAAAACGUCUGUGAAAAAUAUGUCACAAUCCAAGACAAAAUCGCUGUCUGACAGUGACCGUUUGAGUUUAAAUUUGCCAGAAAAAGAUACCGAAGAACACACUUUGCCCGGAGACCUUAAGUUUCGUAACCGGAAGAAAGUAAGCGUUUCAGAGUUUGAAAAUGCGUUGCAGCAGAGACUCAACUAUACAACAGAACCUCAGGAAGGUGAAAAGAGCAUAAGACCUCCAGACAUCUCAACAAUAGUUGGUUACAGUUUGAUCAAUCCUGAUUUUGAGGAGUCCACUACAAAACCAAUUCUUUGUAGAAGACCUUUAAAACGCAAAGUAAUAAGCGAAGAUGAUUUUGAAGAGGGAGUGCACAACUAUUUGGAACAAGAUGAAGAACCUGACGAAACUGAAAAAUCUGAAGCAUUUGAAAAAACUGGAGGAUUGACUGAUAUUUCAAGACUAGUUAGUUCAAUUAAUUUUGGUUUCGAUGAAACUGUGUCAGUACCAGUUCUGAUCAGAAGACCGAGAAGAACCAAACUCAUCAAUGAAGAUGACUUUGAAGGAGGGGUGCUUUUCCACCUACAACAAGCAGAAGAAAAAUCAUCUCCAGAAAUACAAGAAAUGGCUAGUGACAAUAAAGAGAAGGAGAAAUCUAUUACAAAUGCAGAGAUCAAUGAAGUUGGUAUUACUGAACUGUGCCCGACACCCCAGCAAACACAAAGUGAUGAGGCAGAGGCUGUUUCAAACGAAGAAGUGAGAAAUGAAUUUGGUCCGAACACUGGGCUUGACCAGAAGAAACAAACGCAGUUUGCAUCAGAUGAGGAAGGAUCUAUAAAGACGCUCAAUGCAGGAAGAGAUGGGACUCAACAUCUCAUGGAAGCAAAGAUCUUGGCAGAUACAGACCCUCAGAUGGAGUAUGGAGCAGCGGAUUUCACUACCGAUCCACGCGGGGACGACAUGCCUGUGGUUGCCGAAAUCGUUAUCAUUUCACACAUUCAGGAAAAUGAUGGCUACAGAGAAGAUUUGGAGAUGCCGGAACAGAACUUGCCAAUACGAGAUAGACAGGAGUCACCAUCGAUGCAGCACCCUGAGGGUAUGCUAGUUGAUGAAACAGUGGAAGGACAUGAUGUAAAUGAUGGAAGAGAUGAAGAUGGUGAAACUGUGGAUAUUUUGGAAGAUACUGGACGAAUGGAAUAUGCUGAAGAGGAUGGAGAGAAUGCAGAUGGUCCUAAAAUGGAUAAUGGAAGAGUGGGAACUGAAGGUGGUGAAAGCAGAAAAGACGUUGAAGCAGUCACAGAAAGAAUGCAAGGUGCUAAAAUAAAAGAACUGGGAAGUUUAGAACUGGACAGCGAUAGUGCCGACGCAGCUGAAUUGGACAGCAGCAGUGCGGAUGUGCUCGUAUUGGACAACAACAGAGUGGAUGGGCCUGGAUUGGACAGCAGCAGUGGCAAUGCAGCUGGAUUGGAUGGCAGCAGAAAGGGUGCGUCCGGAUUGGACGGCAGCAGAAAAGGUGCGUCCGGAUUGGACGGCAGCAGAAAGGGUGCGCCCGGAUUGGACGGCAGCAGAAAGGUUGCGUCCGGAUUGGACGGCAGCAGAAAGGUUGCGUCCGGAUUGGACGGCAGCGGAAAGGGUGCAUCCGGAUUGUACGGCAGCAUGUCGGGCGCAUCCAGAUUGGAUGGCAGCAUGGCGAGCGCAUCCGGAUUGGAUGGCAGCAUGGCGGGCGCAACCGGAUUGGAUGGCAGCAUGGCAGGCGCAUCCAGAUUGGACGGCAGCAUGGCAGGCGCGUCCGGAUUCGAUGGCAGCAGAAAGGGUGUGUUCGGAUUGGACGGCAACAGAAAGGUUGCAUCCAGAUUGGACGGCAGCAUGGCGGGAGCAUCCAGAUUGGACGGCAACAUGGCGGGCGCAUCCGGAUUGGACGAAAGCAGAAAGGGUGCGUCUGGAUUGGACGGCAGCAGAAAGGUUGCGUCCGGAUUGGACGGCAGCAUGUUGGGAGCAUCCGGAUUGGACGGCAGCAUGCCGGGAGCAUCCGGAUUGGACGGCAGCAUGGCGGGAGCAUCCGGAUUGGACGGCAGCAUGGCGGGCGCAUCUGGAUUGGACGGCAGCAUGGCGGGCGUGUCUGGAUUGGACGGCAGCAGAAAGGGUGUGUCCAGAUUGGACGGCAGCAGAAAGGGUGUGUCCAGAUUGGAUGGCAGCAUGGCGGGCGCAUCCGGAUUGGACGGCAGCAUGGCGGGCGCGUCUCGAUUGGACGGUAGUAUGGCGGGAGCAUCCGGAUUGGACGGCAGCAUGUCGGGAGCAUCCAGAUUGGACGGCAGCAUGGCGGGCGCAUCCGGAUUGGACGGCAGCAUGGCGGGCGCGUCUGGAUUGGACGGCAGCAGAAAGGGUGCGUCCAGAUUGGACAGCAGCAGAAAGGGUACAUCCAGAUUGGACGGCAGCAUGGCGGGCGCGUCCGGAUUGGGUGGUAGCAUGUCGGGAGCAUCCGGAUUGGGCAGCAACAUGGCAGGUACAUCCGGAUUGGCCAGUGGCAGCAGAGCAGGUGCAUCCCGAUUGGACGAUGACAAGUUAGCUGGUGGUGAAACAGAUAAUGCAAGAAUGGAAGACACCGAAUCAGAUGGAGAUACAGAAUCCGAUGAAAUGGAUGUGGAAGAAUUGAUGCACAACAUUGAAUAUGAGAAAGACGACAGUAAAGUGAGUUCAAGUGAGAAGUUAUUGAAAUCCUCUCCAUUACUGACCACACCACACUUUCUCAAAAUACUGGGUAGACGGGCACAGAAACCACUUGCAAAAGUAAAUAAUCCAAGAAAGCCAAAACAAAUUCGAAAGAAAACUGUUUUGCCAAGCAGCUUUGUGAAGUCUGUGUUUAACCACUAUGCCAAAAUGAGAGUGAAGAAGGAGUCAUUUGGAGCAAUUAACCAGUGCCUGGAGUUGUAUUUCAAACAGCUCUGUGAUGAUAUGGAUGUUUACAGCAAACAUGCUAAAAGAAGAACCAUUGAAAAAGAAGACUUGGAACUGCUAAUGAAAAGACAGGGUUUUGUGACUGCCAAGAUGCCAUUGAAUGUCCUCAUUGAAAACCAUCUAUCUAUGGAAUGCAGAGAAAAGCUAAUUCCAAUGGCUGUCAGCGGGAAUAAGAUGAUUCCUAAAAAAUAGCCCGCAUGUAUAAAAGCGAUUGUCUCCACAAACUACUUGCUUUUGAUUGCUAAAUUAUAAACUAUAAAUCUACGUAAGCAAGUAGAAAUGUUUCACUUUUAUGAAGAUCAAAUGUCGAAAUAAAACUAUUUUAUAAACUCUUCAAACUUU